ACCUUUGGCCGCAGUCUCAGCUCAGUUCAGUUGAUCGCGGUAGCUGUAGGCAUUGGUCGUGGGUCUCCAAGUUUGCGUGCUUUAACUAAAACAAUUUUUUCACACUUAAGUACAGAAUAUUAUCGUCGGUGUUUUAUCUUUCCAUACGUUCAGUCCGAAUGAAUUAUGGAAAUUGGGCAUGAAGUCACUGUAAAGAUCUUAUUCUUUGCUCAGUCUAAAGACCUAGCAGGAGUUCGUGAAGCUUCAGUGCGUCUCCCGGAGAAGCUGAGCUACAACCAGCUACUAACUAUCAUUACUGAGAGCUUUAACUUACAAGCAAUAAGAAACAAUAUUCUAUUAGCGAAAAACGAAGAAAUCUGUGAUGAUACCCAGGACAUAGAAGUGAGAGAAAGAGAUAGCAUAGCUGUAAUCCCACCGCUCAGUGGAGGAUAA